AUGGAUCCCCUUUCGAUCACCGCGAGCAUACUCGCAAUUGUUGGAGCGAGCGAGCAAGCUGUGAAAGGGCUCGCAAAGCUAAGAGCAUUGAAGGAUGCACCAGCUGAACUUUCAGCGUUGAUCAAUGAGGUUUCCGAUCUGCGAGCUGUUUUAGCCCAGAUAUGCUUCUUAGGCGUCCAGCUGGAGCAGGCUAGUAACAAUGGUCCUGUUAUCGCACUGAGAAGCCUGCUUGACCGCGCAAAUGGACAGAUUCUCGAAUUGGAUCAAUGCAUUCAACACGACAUAUCUAAACCAGAAGCGACCAACCCAGGACGCAUCAAGGUUUCGCGCGUGAGCUGGACUUUGCAUCAGAAGCGAGUGUCAAGUCUCCGACAGGAUCUCAGGACGACGCGACUGAACUUGGGUACUGCUUUGGGUGUCAUCACAACGUCCUCGAUAAAUCGCGUGGAGCUACGCAUUCAAGAAAUAUCGAGCACUCAAGCCUCAGAUUCCGAACUUCUAAAACGACUUUUUGGUCAAAUCAGCGAGGGCCAGCGACCUGUUGCGCGGAAAGACGAUGAAAAGUUGGUGCAACGUUCCCUAGACCCUAGUACCACCCUAAAGCAGGCCUUACCUGAUGAACCGGACGAGCUACAGCCGACUGGACUUUUUCCGCGGAGUUCUACCACUCGCCUUCUAGACCAUCAUAUCCAUCCGGUUCGCUCAUAUACUUAUCGGAACCCACAGCCUGCAACGAUUCAGAUUCGGGCUCGCGCCCAACAUUUCCGACCAUCUUGCAAGCCAUGGUGCAGCUGUAUCUGCCAUAGAAAGCGGUCUUUCCGGUACCCGAAAUUGCUCAAGGGAUUGGUUGGCACUUUGUUCGUUGGUUAUACAGGACUGCCCGUGCUGACUCCCGCGUGCAAUGAGACGGCAUGUCGACAAAGAUCUGUGUCUUCGGUAGAUGUGACUUACUACUUUCCUCCAUGGUUCCUUGCGCGUAUGUUCUCCAUGACGCUCACACUGUCGGCGCAUUGUGGACCGGAACUCAACAUUCGAGUGCCUCGAAUGGUGAACUGGACAACACCGCUCUGGCGACUGUCGCAAAUGGGGGAAUUGGACAAUGUUCAGAAACUAUUUAUUUCGGCCAAGGCAUCACCAUAUGAUGUAAACGCAUACGGACAAUCGGCACUGCACUACGCAGUUGGUUAUCACCGGACCGACCUCUGUCGUUUCCUCAUUGAAAGCGGUUGCGAUGUUCAUCUGCAGGAUGAGAAUGGAAGAAAACCAAUCGAUAAUGCCUGGGAUAUCGCAUUAUCUAAGGCGGCACCACCAGAUGUCGUGAAUUUUCUGAUGCAGACGUUCAGCGAUGACGAUUACCUUGAAUCUCGAGAAUUCUCGGUGCUCCACAAGAUUGUGCUUGGAUUUGCCCACACUAAUCUCGAUCUAGCACUUGAAGAUAGUACCGCGCAGAUCAACUCGGUGGAUGCCAAUGGUCGCACACCCUUAUCGUGGGCAUCAGCUCGAGGCGACCAUGCAAGCAUAUUGGCGUUCCUCAAUAACGGGGCAGACGCACGAAUACCCGACUUUGAAGGGGCAACCUCAUUGUUUCACGCCAUUACUUCAGGCAGCUAUGAAUGCGUGUCCACUUUGCUUCGAUACCACGUGGGCACUGCCACAACAACUGUAUACGGCGGUACCCCUUUGCACGCUGCUUGCAAGAAUCGAGACGAUCCAAAGAUGCUGCGGCUGCUGGUAGAAGCCGAUAUCGACAUCAACGCCAUCGACUUCGACGGCGACACGGCGCUGCACGCGGUCACCUGUGCUGGUUUUACGAAAAGUGCAUUGUAUCUCCUUGGUGCCGGGGCCGAUCCAAACAUUGCAAAUGUGGCAGGCGAUACUGCGCUUCAUAUAUCUAUAUACUAUUAUGCCCACCCAAUCAUGGAAGUCUUGGUUCACCGUAUGAAUGAUUUGACAAGGGUCAAUUCAAGAGGCGAGACAUUCCUACACGCUGCUGCAAGCCAUUAUCAUGCAGACACACUCAGGAUUCUUGCUUCGGUAUCUCUUGGGCAGAUUGAUGUGGAAAAAAUCAGCAUAGAUAACCGAACUUGCAGGGAGGAGCUUGGUUCUAAUGCCGGAAAAGCUACGGAAGAUAUGAGAAAAGGCUUUGAGGAGUUCCUCGACCGUAUUCGAGCGAAAGCUCAUGCUAUUUUGGAGCAUGAAGGGGAAGACAGCGAAGGUGAUGAGACGUUUGAAGAUGCACUAGAGAGCUUGGCUGAAUAA